AAUUUUACUCAGUAGAAGGAAGCAGUUCAUCGGAACGAAUCACUUUUGAGUUACACAAAUUUAUACCUAUUGAUAAGGGUGGUACAGACGUAUUCUAAAUAUCCAUCGUGUUUGUGAGUGGUACCUACAUACUGUAUGUAUACACUAUUAUUUUUAUUACAAAGAAACAUCGGGAAACCUAACCACUGUUAAACUGCAAGUGUAAAUAUUAAUUAAGAUUUAUGAAUAUACAUUAAUUCUCGUGCAUGGCUUAGUAGUUACCGAGUUAUUAUUUUUGUAUCGUGACAAGAUGGAGUUUCUAGAUCUUCCUUUAGUUAUGAUAGAAAAUAUAUUUUCAUAUUUUUCACACGAUGAAAUCGCGAAGAAUCGAUUGGUGUGUAGAACAUUUAACGAAAUAUGCUCCCGAAUGCUGAACCGCGGUUUCCUGAUGAUAGAGCGUCGACAUGCAAUGGCCUUGAAAACAGUCAAAGCUCAAUUGCCCAGGCGCGAGUCAGAACGCAGACAUCAUCCUUUGUCUCGUCACUGCGAUAUCUUGACUUCGAUAGAGACACGGAUAUCAAUGCUCAGCAUGACAUAUUCAAAGUACAUUGACACAGGAAUGUGCUGUUUUAUACCUGGAAAGGUUAUAGAUGAAAUAAAACGCGUUUUGACCAUACUGGACACGUCCGCGACGCCUCCUCGUGCUCACGAAGUACUACAGGAGCUCAGGGAUAUAUCGAGCAUGGCUAUUGAGCACUUCGACGAUAAGAUAUCGCCCGCAUUUAGGAAGAACCUUCAGGAGGGUAUAGCGCAGGUGGCUCCCAAACCGGGAAACGGAUUGAUAGCCAUGCGUCAGGAGAUCUUGACCCUACAACGUCGCUCAACGUUGAACUCCAACCUAUCAUUGUGUCUCGGUUUGCAGUACAAGAAGUUUCAGAAUCGACUCGAUCGCUUGGCCCGGUACCGGAAGUUGGCCAUGAAGCAAGUCGUCAUCAUCAGGCAGCUGACCAAGAAACAAAGGGAACAGGAUUUGGCCAUCGCCGAGCUGAAGAAGCGUAUUGAAGAAUGCGACAUCAAAUACCGUGAAUUGACACACACCAAUCAAGCCGGUGGAAAGGCUAUUGCCGCCGCGGCGUCAGUGGGAGUCGUCGAGGCGAGUCCUUCGCAGGAGCUACGUCACUUCUCGAGCCAAAUCAAACUGGACCUCUCCGUGUUGCCCAUUGGAACGUCCAAACUUAACAACAAACUCACCCCAAACAUAAAGCCAAGGAAUCCAAUGAUCAAACUGCCAAGUCUACUGAACGACGACGACGCCAGUAAGGCCCGCGACGCGCCGACCGCGCACGAGGCUCGCCCCGGGACCGCGGCCAAGCGCGCCGCCAGGAAGAGGAAGACCAGCACCGCCACCAACAGCGGCCUCGCGCACAAAAUGAGGCACUUGGCGAACAUGUCGGAUGGAGAUUUAAACGACCAGGCGUCCCUACGAAACAUCUCUUCUUAUUUCACCGACGAAGACAUCAAACGUUUCCUGGAAAUGCACGAGACGGACCGGCGCCGGAAGCGGCCGCCGCCUUGCGAGACCGGCCUCAGCAACGAGAUCAAGCGCCUCGCCGGCCCGGCCGAGGGCGCCGCCCCCCCGCGCGCCGGCAAGCGACAGCGCCUGGACUGAACCGGAAUCUUCUUGGCCCUUCUGUAUAAUGGAAUACAGAUACCUCAGAGUCCCCGGCAACGAAGCAAUGGACAAUGUCUUGGGAGCCCUGAAGUUUGAAUCGGUUACUGAGAUUAAUCAUGAAAGGCAGAUGAUACAAAUGAUUUACUUUUGUUUCUUGAAUCAUUUUAACAAAAACUCACCAAUUAUUGCAUUGAAGUUAAUUAAUAUUUUAUUUCGUGCAAUUUAAUAUUAUAGAUAAUUAUUUUUAUUGUAUGUCCUGUAUAAAAUACAUAUUGGUUCCAGGUAUUUGAACAAAAUAUUUGAGAAUAUGCAUAUAUGUGUGACACCAUCUGAUUAUCAUAUGUACGUUUUUAUUUAUUUUUAAAACGAAUUUCUAUAACUUAUGGGGCAUUCUGUGAUAAAUAUAAAUUAUGGGUGUUUUAAACAAAAUUCUUGCAAUAAAUAAUACAAAACCCAUACAUGAGCGUUAAAAGUACUUGCUAGUGAAUCUUUUGAGGUGUAUCAUAGAUGAUUUUAGCUAAUUAUUUCAUAAGAUUUGUGAAAAAUUUGUAACAUGUUGGUGCGAAAAUGAGUCUUGGAGAAAAUUGUCUGGUUUUUUUUCCCGUAAAUUUUAUACAAUGUAUAUAAUGAAAUAGGAAUGUUAUCAUGUAUUAAACACAUCUGGAAUCAAUAUUGUAGGUAGGUUAGUUUCACAAUAGACCGACUGAACGUAAGCACUAUGCUAUAUAUAUAUAUAAAACUGACCAUAAAACAUAAUCCAGCGGAUUAAGAUCGGGACUAGACGACGGCCAGUCUUCAGCUCUGAUGAAGUCCGAAACGUUCGUUUCCAACCAAGACUGCGUAGACCGAGCUUUAUGACCUGGCGCCGAGUCUUGCUGGAAGGACCAUUCUUGAUUAUUGAACAUGGUGUUAAGGGGUUUCACUACCUUCUCAAGAAUGGUAUCUUGAUACACUUGUGCCGAUGUUUUGAUACCUUCUUCACAAAAGUAUGGCUCAGUCACUUUUUCAUAGCUAAUACCCCACCAAACCAUAACUGAAGUCGGAUAGUGCCCAUGUUGCACUCUGUCGCCUAAUUGGGAAGGUUCCUUAGAGCUUUGAGCAUAAAUACGGUCAUUUUGUUUGUUAAAAUGUUGCUCAAUUGUAAAAAAAUUCUCAUCCGUAAACAAAAAUUUUCUAUGACCUCCCUUUGCGUACUGCUUCAGUAGUUGUUUCGAUUUUACCACCCUAUUCUCUUUUAAAUUAUCAGUUAAGAAAUGACCAGUUCGUCUCAUAUAGGCUGCAAGUCUCAAGUCAUCUUUUAAAAUACGCGACAUAGUUCUAGGUGCUAUCUUCAUCUCCCGAGAUAAAAUCUUUUGCUUUCGGACAGGAUUUCUUCGAAUUCUUUCCCUUGCUGCUUUGACCACCUUUUUCGUACGAACACUACGUGGACGGCCAGAUCUUUUUCUGUCACAAACAGAGGAGGUCUCAUUGCACCUAUUAAUAGCCCGGUACACAAACAUUUUACUAAUACCAAGCGUAUGGAGAGUUUUAAAAAUUGCAUUUGGCUCCAUACCUACUUUGUGUAAUGCAAUCACAGCGAUUCGGUUCGCUUUAUCACCCCACUGCAUUUUAAUAUCGCAAAAUAUUGUACAAUGUAUUGGCGCCAAAAUGAGAAAACUCAAUGAGCAAUCAUAUAAAAAUGACAGAUUCCAAAUUCAAAUGUAAUAUUUUGUUUAUUUUUAAUUGUAACAGUAUUUAUGGCCAGACUAAGUAUAUACCUAUAGUGUAGUAUAGCAUAGUGCUUUAGUAAAGCGUUUUAGCAAAUUUAUGUAUAAAUAUAUGUUUUGUCUCUGUCACUCUUAUUCUAUAAACGCGUUAACUGUGCGAGGGAGAGCGUUGUGAAUGCAUUGAUUUUAGAUUAUUUUCGGGCACGUGUAAUGGAAUAGCAUUGAAAAAUGGAUCCGUGUACGAUUGUGAUUGGUUUCAGACGAGUUCACGGCUUACCUAGUUUUGAGUUUUAUGGUCCAUGGACAACAACAUUUAUGCCGUCGCUUAUCUUGAAGCACGAGAUGAAAGCAUUUAUGGCUUUUGAACCGAAGCGGUGUGCCUCGUGACAAUACAUCUUCCAUUUCUACUGAAACGUCAUUAUAUGGUCACACUAAACGCUGUGGUAGUAGGAGCAAUAAUAAAAAAAAAAUCAAAAUAAAAUAACAACAUCAUUAAUGUAUUCGAAGUCAAUUAAACAUGAAUUAUUGAGAAUAACCCAUAAAAUUACUGGUGAGAUCCUGACAAAACUUGAAUGGGACCAGACAAGAGCGUGACAAGAGAGUUUUGAAAAAAAAUACAAAAAAAAUCAUUGAAAGUUUAAUCUGUUUUUUUUAAUUCGGUGUGGCAUUAGGAAAUGUUGUGCUGUCCAUUAGCACUACCAGUGGUUGGCAAUCGCUAAGCCAAUCGCCGGAGCCGGAUUCAUUCCGUGACGUGCACAGGUACAAAGCUCGUAACCUCACAUAGCACAAAUCCGUUGCUCUGAAUGAGGCAAUAUUCUAAAUUUAUUAAAUCGUUUAUAUAUAAGAAUAUUAGAAUUAAGUUAUGAUAUGAAAAGCCCCAAUUCGAAGCAAUAUGAAGUGUUGUGCGUUAAAAAAAAAACAAUUGUGAUUUCUAAAGUUUGUUCUAUUUAGGGUGACAUUGUGUUAAUGUUGCCAGUUAUUCGUAUUAUAAUAUUUACCAUAUUGUAUAAUGGUAGCUCGCAGUGCUUUAAAAAUAAACGUAUUAAUGAAAUUUA